UGGAAUUUAAUUUUGCGAAAUAAGGGGCUGCUCGAAACAAAUGACAAUUCAAUCGAUGAAAAGCCCUAUAAGUAAGGGGCUGGUAGUAGUGAGUGUAGUGAUUUGUCACAAUUCACGAUUUGUAAAUGUAAAUAAUUUGUAUUAAUUUGCUUUUUUUGUUGUGAUCUUCCGAUUGUUCCGAUCCUGUGCUGCUGUGAUUUUGCCUCUAGCAUGUAAACAUAAAACUGAAAUUAUAUGUAAAAUUAAAUUUAAUAUGGAAAUAAAACAAGAAGUUAGUGAGAAAACUUGCACAAUAGAAAUAGAUAAUAAUGACACCUGUGUUGCUCUUUUUGAUACGUUCAAAAUUGAGAUAAAGGAGGAACCCAAGACAGAAGCUGCAUACAACACAUUUGUUGAUUUAGACUUAACUGAAUUCCCCCUAAAAACUGAAGUAGAACAAGAUGAAUAUAAAUUUUCACCAUUUGAAGAAAAGCCAACAAAAAAUGAAGAAAGUUGUCCCCAGGAGGAGAAUAAAAUGAAAAUUUUGGAAACGUUACAUUCAUCUCAUAAAGGAAAAUAUACACGUCAAGAUGCCGAAGGAAAAACCGUAAAUAAAAAUAUAAAAGUUCAGACUAGACAGGAAUCUUUCAAGUGUGAAAUUUGCUUUAAGCAGUUUAAUCGAGCAUACCAUUUGAAAGUUCAUUUGAGAGUGCACACUGGAGAAAAUCCUCACAAGUGUGAAGUAUGUUUCAGGCAAUUUAAUCAAGCGGGUAAUUUGAAAACACAUUUGAGAGUGCACACUAGAAACCGUGCAUGUGUGAAAUUUGUUUCAAGCAAUUUAAUCAAGGAAGUCACUGGAGAAAAACAGUACAAGUCUAAAAUUUGUUUAAAGCACUUUAGUGAAGCAGGUAGUUUGAAAAUACAUUUGAGAGUGCACACUGGAGAGAAACCAUACAAGUGUGAAAUUUGUUUCAAUAAAUUUAAUCAAACAGGUCAUUUGAAGAAAACACAUUUGAGAGUACACACUGGAGAAAAACAGUACAAGUGCGAAAUUUGCUUAAAGCACUUAAGCGUAGAAGACAAUUUGAAAAAACAUUUGAGAGUUCACACUGGAGAGAAACCGUACAUGUGUGAAAUUUGUUUCAAGCAAUUUAAUCAAGGAAGUCAUUUGAAAACACAUUUGAGUGUGCACACUGGAGAAAAACAGUACACGUGCAAAAUUUGUUUAAAGCAAUUUAGUGAAGCAGGUAGUUUGAAAAUACAUUUGAGAGUGCACACUGGAGAGAAACCGUACAAGUGUGAAAUUUGUUUCAAGCAAUUUAAUCAAAAGGGUCAUUUGAGAACACAUUUGAGAGUACACACUGGAGAAAAACAAUACAAGUGCGAAAUUUGUUUAAAGCACUUUAGCAAAGAAGACAAUUUGAAAAUACAUUUGAGAGUUCACACUGGAGAGAAACAGUACAAGUGUGAAAUUUGCUUUAAGCAGUUUAACGAAGUAGGUCAUUUGAAAAGACAUUUGACAGUGCCAACUGGAGAAAAACGGCACAUGUGUGAAAUUUGUUUAAAGCAAUUUAAUCAAGCAGGUCAUUUGAAAAGAUAUUUGACAGUGCACACUGGAGAAAAAUCUCACAGGUGUGAAUUUGGUUUUAAACAGUUUAGUGAAGCACGUAAUUUGAAAAAACAUUUGAGAGUACACACUGGAGAGAAACAAUACAAAUGUGAAAUUUGUUUAAAGGAAUUUAUUAAUAAAAUUAACUUAAAAAAACAUUUGGAAAUGCACACUGGGCAAAAAUCGUAACAAGUGUUAAAUUUCAUUUUAAGUACAGUUUUCUCGCACAAAUAU